GUCUUCAGGUGUUCAUAUUUGUAGUCAGGAUACCAGUACCUAAGACAACCAUCAGACUUUCUUUGUUACUGCCCCCAGUUGAAAACCUCUUCAGUUUCUGGUUGAUGGCUGAGGGUGAUAAGUCUGAUUGUAGUUCUGAUGAACCUAGCUACGUUAAAGAUGCUAAACAUUUAAGAAAAGCUCGUAAACAACUGAAAAAGGAUAUUAAAGAGAAAGAGGAAGAAUUGGGACUGUACAAAGAGAAAUAUGAAGAUUCUCUGAAAAAGAUUGAAUGUCUUGAAGAUGAAGUUCAAUAUCUUAGAAGGAGACUAAAUUACUUUGAAGUUCGUGAGAGAAGGAGGGAAAGAAAAGAAAAGAAAAAACAGAAGUUGAUAGAGGAAGAAGUGGACAUUAAAAGAAGGGUGAGGUUAGAAGAGGAGGAAAGAGCAAGAGUAAAGGAAGAGAUAAAACAAAGGAAGAAAAAGGAAUGAAACU